AUGAGUUCCGCAAGUAUUGCCGAGAAAGGCGGUGCCCAUUUUGAGCAAGCUUCUACUACUACUGCUGCUACUGUGUCUAUUCCAGCCCAGACUGAGCUCCCAACGUCUGAGCAAGCAUCAGAGCCUCGGAUUGCAAAAUGGAGACUGGUGUCGCUGUACAUUAGUAUCUGCCUCGGUCUGUUCCUUUCCUUCCUGGACACGUCCAUUGUCGCCACUGCCAUCUUCACCAUUGGUGUCGAGUUCCAUUCCCUAUCCAAAGUCAACUGGAUUGCACUGUCCUAUACGCUCGCGUACAUCGGUUGCACUGCCAUCUUCGCAAGCCUCUCCGAUGUCUUCGGUCGUCGUAAUGCCUAUAUCGCCGCUGCCAUUAUAUUCCUCGCGUUUUCGCUUGGUUGCGGCUUCGUCCAGUCUCUCGACCAGCUCAUUGCAAUGCGUGCUCUGCAGGGAGUCGGUGGCUCCGGUCUCUACUCAGUCGGCUUCAUCAUACUCCCCGAAAUAAGCUCGCUAAGGAUGCUGAAGAUGAUAGGCGCCCUGGCAGGAGCAGUCAUCGCCAUGUCGGGCAUCCUGGGUCCUGUGCUGGGCGGUAUCAUCACAAACUACACCACUUGGCGAUGGAUCUUUUGGAUUAAUGCGCCAAUCGGCAUCGGUCCCUUGAUGCUUUUCAUUAUCGCAUGGCCCGACUCAAGUCAGCUUCGGCGUGUUGAGCGCCACACGUUCAAACAGAUUGAUUUCCUGGGCUUCUUCCUCCUCAUCGCCUCGUCCGUUCCGCUCGUAUUCUCGUUCCAACAGGCCGGAAUUCACGUCGUCUCGAAUAAGUCGAUAUGGACUUCAGCACUCUUCGUCGCUCCGCUUGUGAUUGGGACCGUCUGCUACUUGGCACUGUUUGGCUGGGAAUGGCUCAUUGCGCGGCGCUGGCCUGACGCCAUUGGUGCCCUCUUUCCCAUGCGCUUGGCUAAAAACAGAGUCUACAUGUCAGCUGUUGUCACAACGAUGUUGGUGGGAUUUCCUUAUUUCGUCGUAAUAUACUCGCUCCCCACGCGCUUCCAGGUUGUCAACGGACAUAGCGCACUCGCGUCGGGCAUUGCUUUACUACCUAUGCUUGGCGCUUCGGCCAUCGGGUCUACCGUUGCAGGCGCUGCCUCACGCAAAAAGAAUAACACAUUCCCUGUCAUGGUAGUGGGCGCUGCUUUCAUGCUUGUCGGCACGGCGGCGCUCUCCACACUUGAUAAUGUCAUUGCCACACAAGUGCGCGCCUACGGGCUUCAAGUCUUCGUCGGCUUUGGCUUCGGCUUGACAGUCAGCAAUUCCAGCUUGCUCGCGGCUAUGGAGGCUGAACUUCGAGACACGGCUGUUGCGCAAGGUAUCGUGGCCCAAAUCCGGAUGCUGGGUGGAAGCAUCGGCAUAGCCGCAUCGACAGCUAUUUUGGGUGUUAAGCAGCGCCAUCAGCUUCUGGACACUGCUCUUCUCAAUCCUAGGCAGCUACAGUCACUGGCCGACACCAUGCCGCACCUUUCACCGGUACAGCACUUUGCCAUUCGACAAGCGUACACAGACGCGUUCAACGAGACCCUAGUUGUCUGCUCUGUCAUCAGUGGUAUCGCCCUGCUCGUCACUGCUGGUGGGUGGCAGAAGCAUCCUUUGAGUAUGGAGGAUAGGCGGCGCCAGCAAUUCCAAAAUGAAGCUACAAGACAAUUACAGAUGGGGGAGAUAAGGGCGAGCGCUGCGGCUAUGCAGACUGCUCAAGAGUUGAAGUAG